AUGUCCCACGAAACCGCCAUGAACCACGCCGGCCGCACCUCCUCCCACCCCUUCCUCGACCUCCGCUCCGCCCGCCGCGCAAAGAACCGCACGCGAAAGCACCUCCUCAAAUACUCCAACUUCGACUCCCUAACCCGCGCCGAUCUCCCGUCAUCCCCCUCCCAAAAACCCCACUACCUCCCCUCAUCCUGCCCCUCCCACCCGGGCCGUUUCUGCCUAUUCUCCACGUUCCCCGCGCAGCUCUCCGACGCCCCCGUCGCAAAGUUCACGAAGCGCGAAGCGUUCUUGGAAGCACAGUUCGCCAAACCGCCGACGUACCAGCGCUCGAGCCGGAAGACCAUGCACAAGGCGUUUCCGAAGUGGGAGCGGCGGCAGCAGGCGAAGAAGAACACGACGAAGGAGCUGCUGUCGCGGGAAUGGUACGACGACGUCUGGGGCGGAUGGGGGCAGAUUGAGACGGACGAGGAUUGCGGGUGGGUUUGUCCGCCGUGUCCGUGUGACGACCAUAUCGAGUGGGAUGCUUAUCCUGGGCAUAAGGUCGUCGGUGGGCUGUAUGAUGAUUAUGGGGUUGCGGGGUUGGUGGGGUUUACGGGGACGAAGCCGCGGUGGGAAGAGAUGGAUCCGAGGUGGCAUCGGAUUGAGGGGGGUGGGGGGUGGUUUAGGAGUCAUUUUCCGUGUGAGGAGGGGUAUUGUGCUUGUGUUGCGGAGUGGGAUGAGCCGCGGCCGUAUACGGGGCUGGAUCAUUGGCACUUUUGGUCUGAUCCAGCGGUGCUGGACUGGGAUCGAUUGAUGUGGGAUACAUCUGAUCCUGAAACAUCCGACGAGGAAGCGUUCCAGGACGGUCUGGCAGAGGAAGCUUGGUACGCAAUGCCAGACGAUUGGGACGUCGUUUCUGAAGCCUCCACCGAAGCAUGGUCGGAAAUUGCUGCGGAUUCAGAAGGUGAUCUGGCGUAA